AUGCUCGAGGAGCUCAAGGAGCCUGACGAACAAGCGUCAAACCUCCCACACUCAAGCAACUUUGCACCCCUCAAACCGCCCACUCCUGACGAGUGGAAAUCCCACCGUGGGACGAUGCGCUCCCAAUUCCCUCAAGGAUGGGCGCCUCCACGCAGGCUUUCGCGCGAUGCGAUGGAGGGCCUGCGAUCGCUACAUGCGUACGAUCCCGCCACUUUCUCGACCCCAAUCCUCGCACAAAAGUUCCACGUCAGCCCCGAGGCAGUGCGUCGGAUAUUGCGAAGUAAAUGGCAGCCCACAAAGGAUGAGCGUGCGCGCAUGGUUCAGCGGGAACAAAAAACCAGACAGGAGUGGAUCAAGCAGCGCAGGGUGGAAGAACGGAUGAGGGACAUUGCGGCCCAGCUUGAGGGGGAUCAGAGAGGAGAAUUCAAGACAGUAGGGGCUGCCGACCAACGUGAUGGGAGCCGAAGAGACUGGGAUAGGAAGAGGUCGGGGAAGGUCACAGGGAUCAAUCGCUAUGACAAGCUUUCCCUGCAGUAGCACGACCUUCAAAGUUUUGGAGAUCUGCUCUGCGGGACCGUCCAGCAGAAGCUCGGAGUUAGCGUAACAGGCGACUGUGCGAGAAUGCUUUCGUAAUGCAUCUUUCCGGCUGCAUUCGACGCUCCCGCAUAACCUAUCUGUACUGCUCAUCGCAUGUUUUGCCGUAUCGGCUUUGUCUCCUCGCCGCUCUCCGACCGCACCUACUGUAUCGCGCCGCAUCAAGGGGCUUUUCACUUCGAAGGGCGCCCUUGCAUGCGCGGAUGCCUGCGUCGACCCGGUUGUAUGACACUUGUGCAUGACGUUCCAUCGCAGUGUUCUGAUUGACCGCACCCCUUCUUCAAGACCGCUUCCCUUGUGCAUACUACAGACCCGAUGACCUUCUCUGAGUAAUCAUAGGUAUACAGAAAUUUCCACGUUCCCCAUGUUCCCCCC